GGUUUAGAAGCCUCGUCGAAAUCACGCCGUAGAGUUUUUAGUCAAGUAGUCCAGAAGCAGCUUAUAAAAUGAACCGUAGUUUUCUACCGUUUGCAGUGGUGCUGACCCUGCUGAUUGUCGGCACGUUCUCUCAGACGUUUUACAAAAGUGGCAACUGCCCGAUGAGGAAUACCGUGACUUGCGGCUCCAGAUGCAUAGGGGAUGGACAGUGUUCUUUCAAUCAGAAAUGCUGUCCAAACAAGUGCGGCUUCACAUCGUGCGCCAACACCAGCCCCGUUAAUACCGGAAGUGAUGGUGGAUACAAGGGCUCGAGUAAUCAAGCCGUUUACUGUAAUGGGGUGAAAUGUGCCGCGUACGAGAAAUGUCAAUACGACCGCAACACCAGACGCGAAAAGUGCACGCGCGCUUAGAGCGAUUCGCGAUCGAUCAUCUCGGUUAUUUCCGACAAAUGGAUUUUCGAGAUCACACGUUGAACAGGCGAAGAAAGUUUCAAACCGCAUACGACUGUCAGCCUACAAAAAAAAAUAUGUAUAAUCGAUAUAAUAAUUUUUUUCUUUUUUUUUAUUUUAACAUUACAGCAUAUCUCGGGAUUCUUCUAUUUUUAUCAAGAAUUAAUAUAAGAUUUUUAUUCGUAUAUUAAAUUUAUGAUUUUCUGGAUUUACACAUAAGAUUAUCUUCUAAAAAUAUUUUGUUACUCUUUUUUAUCACAAGUGCCUUGUAAAUCAGAUCUGUGUUUGUAUUUACACAAAUGCUAGAUAUUUGUUGAUUAAACAAUAAAAUUGUGCAAAAGAUGUUACAAA